AGUCAAGCCAACUCUACACGCAGGCAUUUCAUUUAACACUGAACCAAGGAUCAGAGCUCAGUUUUCUUGGUACAGCCAAAAGGAUACAGCAUGUCCGAUAUGCUUGACGAUAUCAUCGCAAAAAACCUUAUGAACUUGGCCUUGAAUGAAGACCAGCUCUUGCCACAGUCACAGCUUAAAAUCCCAGGGCAAAACCGACUGAGCCGAUCGACCUCCUUCUUCUGCCCCUCCUCCCAUCCUGCCUCCUCGAGCCUCAGCUCGAGCUCUGAGCAUGUUAACGAUGAUGACAAUGGCAGUUCUAUUUGGUCACCCAUCUGGAAGGGGACACAAGUUUCCAACACAAAACAGCUCACCUUCCGGCCUGACCGCUCCAUGAGUCUGACCGAGCCCAGCAGCUGCCUGCUUCCUUCAAUCGGACACCUUAAAGGCCUGGAGUCUUUUCCCCUGAGCUCUGCUACUACAGUGGCCCCCCCACCGGGGUUUCCUCCCGCGUCUAACCUCCAAGCUCAGGUACCACCAAUGCUUUCCUCUAACCGUUACAAGACUGAGUUGUGUCGUGGAUACCAGGAGAGUGGAACAUGCAAGUAUGGCAGCAAGUGUCAGUUUGCCCACGGUGAGGCCGAACUGAGAGGACUUUACCGCCACCCUAAAUAUAAGACCGAACCCUGCAGAACCUUCUACAACUUCGGCUACUGUCCUUACGGCUCACGCUGUCACUUCAUCCAUGAGGAGAAAAUCAGUGGUGGUCUCCUAUCAUCGGCUAAAUUUGAGCAGCAGAAAAAUCCUUCUGGCGUCCACAACCCACGCCACCAGCUUCGCCAGAGUGUCAGCUUUGCUGGCUUCAUGGGGCCUGCUCGCAGUUCCUCUCCUCCGUCAUUCCCUUCGCUCUUAAAUGACCCCAACCUAGGAUUCACUCGGGCACCUUCAGUUUCCCCUCCUCCCCCUGAUCUCCUCUCCCCAGUGUAUGGAGACUCCAUGCAAAGGGAGACAUCUGCAUUCCAGUUUGGCAGCCACCAGACCCGCACCAGUACUGGAGACAUUCCUCUCAUCCUUGAACCUAAGCCCACACGCUGCAUGUGUGGCCAUGGAAAUAAUUUUACCAGUAACAAAACCAAAUCCUUCUCCAGCACGGUGGACCAGGACAACAGCCUGCUGUUUCCUGGUCUUGCCAGUACCGGGGGUUUUAGCAGGCCCACCGGACUACAGCGCUUCUCCUCUGAGGACUCGUUGGAGGACAGCUACAGCAGCAGCAGUUCCAGCGGGACCGAGUCUCCAACCUUCGACGGGUCCACCAAGCGGCUCACUGUGUUUGAGCGCUUGUCCCUGUCUGACUAAAAAAAGAAAUGUCAGAUGGGACGAAGAAAAGAGGACUAUGACACUUGCGUAGCUUUUCCAUUUCCUGACUCUUUUUAAAACUGUUCAGAACAAGACAACUUAAUAACACUUCUAGAACUUAUCUUUUACAAACUACACAUACUAAGAUAAUUUUAGAACUCAAAUGUUAUCAGACUUUAUUUUUAUAAUCUUAGCUUAGCCUGUUAGAUCUUUGUAUGUGGUCUUCCAAGAGAAUUACCUCCUCUGCAGGUUUUCACCUUACCAGCACAUAUUUUGGCUCAUUACAAAUCAGUGGUGAUUAAAAUGUCUUUUUUUUAGUGAUAAUCCUCAAAGCCUGUGCCUUAAAGACUUUUCCAUCCUUUGUGCCACAAGCAGUAUAUUUGAUUCAGUAUAUUUGAUUCAGUAGCCUUAAUCAGCAAGACCUGACAUGUGUCUAUUAUAUGCACUUUACAGCUAAUUCAAAUGGGGAAAAUGUCCCAGUAGCAUUCAACCAAAGCUUCAUUUGUAAUUCUGCUCAGUGUGUAUGAAAAGAGUGACUGUACAAGAAUGCAUGUAAGGAUGUUUGAGUUUAUUUUUCUUUUAUCAAGACUUGGGGUGCAAGUAAAUAUUGCAGAAUACUGAAGGAUCAAAGUAUGCUAAUAGAUUGUUGAGUUGUGAACUGAAUAUCUGUAUCCUGACAUGCUUUCCUGGUGUUUGAUUCUGUAAAAUGUUCUGUCAUAUUUACUCAUUUGUUAAUUGCACACCAUUUAUUGUUUUUGUUUUGUUUUUUUUCUCCCCUUGUUUGUUUGACAGCCUGGUUCAGGGAACACCGCAGUAUUCCAUAUGGUUAUUGGUUGGCUCUUGUUGUUUAACUUAAACUAAUGUAUUUAUUGUAUUUAUUCAUGUUUAAAAGAAAAUAAACUAUGUGUUUUGUACUUCUAUUUAUGGAGAGAUAUUUCCAACUCUCUGAAAUGCCAAUGUGAGGA